UGGAGCAGUUUCGGGAGCGCUCAGACGCCGCGCGGAGUGGGGAUUGGUCCACGCGUUGCGCCUUCAACUGCCAGCAGUUCGCGGCCGCAGCUCGCCGCACACCUGCUAGUUCAGCGGCCUGACGGCGCAGGGAUUCCCUCCUGCGCUCCCUCCCGCCAGCAGGUCCACAGGGCGGAAAGAAGGGCUGAACCGUCCCGUCCCCAGCCCCCAACGGGACCCCGCGUCGCACCACUGAGCCGGGUGAGAUGAGCGCGGACGUGGCGGCCGGGGCUCCCCUACCCCGGCUCUGCUGCCUGGAGAAGGGUCCGAACGGCUACGGCUUCCACCUGCACGGGGAGAAGGGCAAAGUGGGCCAGUUUAUCCGGCUGGUGGAGCCCGGUUCGCCAGCUGAGAAGGCGGGGCUGCUGGCCGGAGACCGGCUGGUGGAAGUGAACGGCGAGAACGUAGAGAAGGAGACCCACCAGCAGGUGGUGAGCCGCAUCCGCGGCGCACUCAACGCCGUGCGCCUGCUGGUGGUCGACCCCGAGACGGACGAGCGGCUGCAGAAGCUGGGUGUCCAGGUCCGGGAGGAGCUGCUGCGAGCCCAAGACGGGCCCGGGCAGGCCGAGCCGCCGGCCGCCGCCGAGGCACAGGGGGCUGGUAGCGAGAAUGAGACGCAGGCUGCCGCGCCAGAGCCGCGCGAGGCGGAGAAGAGCCGUCCGGAGACACGUGAGCUUCGGCCUCGGCUCUGCACCAUGAGGAAGGGUGCCAAUGGCUACGGCUUCAACUUACACAGCGACAAGUCCAAGCCAGGCCAGUUCAUCCGGGCAGUGGACCCAGACUCACCUGCCGAGGCCUCGGGGCUCCGGGCUCAGGACCGCAUCGUGGAGGUGAACGGGGUCUGUAUGGAGGGCAAGCAGCAUGCGGACGUGGUAUCUGCCAUCAAGGCUGGUGGGGACGAGGCCAAGCUGCUGGUGGUGGACAAGGAAACCGAUGAGUUCUUCAAGAAGUGCAAAGUGGUCCCGUCUCAGGAGCACCUGAAUGGUCCCUUGCCCGAGCCCUUUACCAAUGGGGAGAUCCGGAAGGAGAACAGCCGUGAAGCGCUGCCUGAGGUCACCUCUGAGAGCCCCAGAUCAGCCCUGGCGAGAUCCACCUCCAGUGAUACCAGCGAGGAGCUGAAUUCCCAAGACAGCCCCAGGAAACAGGACUCCACGGCACCCUCGUCUACCUCUUCCUCCUCCGACCCCAUCCUGGACUUCAACAUCUCCCUGGCCGUGGCCAAAGAGAGGGCUCACCAGAAACGCAGCAACAAGCGGGCUCCGCAGAUGGACUGGAGCAAGAAAAAUGAACUCUUCAGCAACUUCUGAGUGUCCUCCUGCGGGCACCCGGGAAAGCUGGCCGGCCUGGGCCAGCCCCGGUGCCCCGCCCCACCCAGCUCCCUCUCCUUCCUCCCCACUCACUCCUCUCCGUAAUCGACACACAAAUCAGCACCCGCAUCCCUCCUCUAUUGGUGAAUCUGACUUUUCUAGAGAACUAUGCUCUUCCCUUACCUCAGGGAAGGUGAAUGUUUCCAUCCUGCCCCAGGCAGCAAGUGGACUCUUGUCCUGCUUCUCCCGAGCGCUCGGGGUGCCCUUACCACAUCCCUGGGACCUCACUGAGCAAGGAUCGGGGAACAGACAAGAGGUCUCCCCUGGGGAGGAGUCCGAGGUUGACCAAGGACUGCCGAGUACAGCGACGUUGUGGAGCGGACAGGGGCCCCGUCCUCAGAGUUGUGGCUUGGGCAUCUUAUUUUUGGUCUUUUUUUUUUUUUUUUUUUUUUUUUAAUGCAGUACCACAGACAGAGUCUAGAGGGAUUUUUGUUUCCUUGAUUAACAUGAUUUUCCAGGUUGUUGCAUCCAGGAUAUAGCAGCAGCCUUAGCCUUAAACUUUUGUUUCUGCUCCUACUCCUAGCCCGCCCCCCCAGCCCUGGGCAAUGUGGGGAGGGUCUGGCCACCUCCUGCCCUGCCACCCCGUUGUAAGGAAACUCCCUUCAGAAAUUCAACUGGCAUCCAAAUCGCCUCA